AUGAAUAAGAAAGGAGAACUGGUGAUCUCUAGUGAACGACACUCGUCACAAGUUGACAAUAAGAAAGAAUGCCUGAGCCGCUUUUCUGAAAUGCUCCAGCAGCUGCGCGACCGGCCGGAAGUUACAGGUGGGAAGAGUCCUCGCGAAUUUAAGAGCGAGGAGUCCCAACUCAAAUAUAAAGCCCGGCUAAUCGCCAGUAAGAAGAAGAAUCAGUACAACAGACAGUGCCACAGCGUGAACAGGAGAGACUGGUAA